AUGCUGAUGCGGUCGCUGAGGAUACCGCCGACGCUCCUUCUCUUUCUCAUCUUCUGCGGGUUCCUUGGAUGGCACUUUAGCCACUCGCCGCUUCCCACUCCCGCGCCCGCACCGCGACCACCGCCACCGCCAGCAGAGCGCAUUCCAGCGCCAGCACCUCUUCGCGUAGCUCUGGUGACGUUCGUGACGGAUCAGAAUUCGUACAUUCACAUCUCGCUCAAGUCCAAAGACCACUACGUUCGCCGCCAUGGCUACGACCUCAUCGUCGAUUACGAAGCGCACACAAGGGAUAAAGGCACAGUGUGGUGGAAGUUUGACAUGAUUCGGCGCUUGGUCAAGAAGGAACAGUGGGACUGGAUAUGGUGGCUCGACUUCGACACCUUGAUUACGAAUACGGACAUCAAGGUCACCGACAUCAUCGAGGAGACGCUGAAGAACGCCACGAACCCAGAUGACCUUGACUUCCUCUUCUCCAACGACUGCAACAAUCUCAACCUCGGCUCGUUUAUCGUCCGAUCUGGCGAGCGCUCGCUCAAGUUCCUAGACGAUGUGUACGCUGUUGAGGCCGCUGGAAAGAAGGUGGACCCGGAGGCGCAGCUGAGCGAGCAGGAUGCGAUCACCAAGCACAUGGAGCAAGACCCAGUCUCCAAAGCCAGGACUACCAGCAUUCCGCAGUGGAUGGUCAACUCGUUUCCGGAUGAAAUACCGUGCUACGAGGAGCCAGCGCGGCCUUGGAGGCACGGCCACUUUCUGGUGCAUUUUGCUGGCGCAUGGGCGCAUGUGAAGGGCGAGGAUCCGACGGGACAGCUUAUGAAGAAGUACAAAAACGAGAUCAUCUGGGGAAAUUGGAAGGACUUCUAUUAG